AUGGAACCCAUGGGUCGAUAUGAUCUCACCGUGCAGAUCCCAGAUGCAAACGGAAAGCCAAAGCCCACCAUCAACCGGAGCGUUGCCAUGACCACCCCAUCCACCAACGCACCCACCAUGGCCACCAUCCCCGCGCGCACCUCGACCUUGAUCGCAAACCUCUCCGCAGUGACAGCCCGCAUCACAGCGGCUCUAAAAACAUCUCCAACCCCAAACAAACCUGUCCGCUUGGUUGCAGUCUCAAAACUCAAACCCGCCUCGGACAUCCUAUCCCUCCACCAACCCCCAACAUCCCACCUCCACUUUGGCGAAAACUACGUCCAAGAGCUCCUUGAGAAAUCUCGCCUUCUCCCACCAACAAUCAAAUGGCACUUUAUCGGCGGCCUCCAAUCAAAUAAAUGCGUAACCUUAGCCCGCGACGUCCGCGGCCUCUGGCCGUCGAAAGCGUCGACACGGAGAAAAAAGCCUCUCUCCUCGAUAAAGGACGGGGCGAACGGACCCCCUCACCUGAGGAACUCGAAGCCUACAGUGAAUACAUCCGGCGAAGAGAAUAAAGCGGGUAUCGAGCCUGGUCAAGCGGCUGGGUUGGCGCGCUUCAUUCGGGAGAAAUGUCCCAGGUUGAAGUUGCAGGGUGUUAUGACUAUUGGGGCGAUUGCGAGGUCGAAGGCGACGACAGCAGAGAAUGAGAAUGAGGAUUUUGUUUGUUUGAGGGAGACCAGGGAUCGCAUUGUGUCUGAGCUUGGGUUGAGCGGGGAGGAGGCUGAGUUGGAACUUAGCAUGGGGAUGAGCUCUGAUUUUGAGGGAGCGAUUGCUUUGGGGAGUGAUCAGGUGCGUGUUGGGACUACCAUCUUUGGGGAUAGGCCGCCUAAGGCGGAGGCGAGGGUGGUUUAG